GAAAGCUGUGGUUCUCUCAGGCCAUCUUGGAGAAGUGUGUUCCCAGCAGUCACCAUGACCAUGAACAGCCAGGGGUCAGCCCAGAAAGCAGGGACACUCCUCCUGUUGCUGAUAUCAAACCUGCUGUUCUGCCAAAAUGUUCAGCCUCUGCCAAUCUGUUCCGCUGGUGACUGCCAGACUUCUCUCCGAGAGCUGUUUGACCGUGUGGUCAUACUUUCUCACUACAUCCAUACCCUGUAUACAGAUAUGUUCAUUGAAUUCGAUAAACAGUAUGUGCAAGACCGUGAGUUUAUGGUCAAGGUCAUCAAUGACUGCCCCACUUCUUCCCUGGCUACACCUGAAGACAAGGAACAAGCCCUGAAAGUCCCUCCGGAAGUUCUUCUGAACCUGAUCCUCAGUUUGGUGCAGUCCUCGAGUGACCCUCUGUUUCAACUAAUAACUGGAGUAGGUGGUAUUCAAGAAGCCCCCGAAUACAUCCUAUCAAGAGCCAAAGAGAUUGAGGAACAAAACAAGCAGCUUCUUGAGGGAGUUGAGAAGAUAAUUAGCCAGGCCUAUCCUGAAGCCAAAGGAAAUGGGAUCUACUUUGUUUGGUCACAACUUCCAUCCCUACAGGGAGUUGAUGAAGAAUCCAAAAUCUUGUCUUUGCGCAACACCAUUCGCUGCCUGCGCAGGGAUUCCCACAAGGUUGACAAUUUUCUCAAGGUCCUGAGGUGCCAAAUUGCCCAUCAAAACAACUGCUAAACCCACAUUCAGUCCAUCUCUUUCUGAGAUGAUCCUUAAAAGUCCACUUCUUCAAAAGUUUUAUUUGCUUUAUAGUUUUCAGUGCAUGCUUGGGUGCAAUUGGUCUCCUCUUAAAUAAUAAAAACAAACUUUAAAAAAAUGUCAAAGUCUGAAA